GUACUUGUCUGUUUAUGUUUUGUUAUUCCCCCACGUACGUAUUCCCCCACGGACAAACUGGUUUGUCGUUAAACAGUUCGAUCAGUAAGCAACCGAUCGUUUCGGCAAUCACGUCUGGAUAUAUUAAAAGACAAGGUAUUUACUAAAAGCGCCGUAUAUCCGUUUUCGAAGAUUUUUUACUUCGGAAAGCAGACAGCGAACAGAGUCUGUCAGUUUUGCAAGAAGACAGUGCGAGUCCGCGAAACUGAACUUGGAGGAGGAAAAAUUGUUGAGCCACAUAAUAGACAAGCAUUUGCCGUUACAUUGCCGGCUGUGCCGGUGAUUUAUUUGUAUCCAGAGAAGACUUCAAGUCCAUCGCUGCGUGCAAGUGGUUUGAACGCUGGCAUUGUCUGACGUCGCCGAUCUGCUACGACUACCUAGAGAAGAAGCUAAAACCGUGUUCCAUAAGCGAGAGCGACUGCAACGGCAGCAGGAAAUCUAUUGGAAGACCAGCACGCCAUCGGCCAAAAGACCAGCUUCGAGACGCCCUGAUACGUGCCGGAAUUCACUUUCGGUCACUCGGAAAUGGAUUUGCAGCUGAGUGAAAAAUUAAAGAUGAAAAGCUUGGAUGAAAAUAUCGCCUUGGAGACUCAUCUUCAACUUCAAACGCGCGAAAUCAAGUUACAACUCGACGAGAUCUUACGGCUGACAGACAAGCUGGUUGAAGAUAGAAUACGUCGGAUUAAGGCCUACUUAAAUUGUGUGCGAGUAGUUGUGCGACAAAAACUGAAGAAGUCCUCGUUUUCAAACCGGGCGUUGAUGGAGCUUGUAUGCACGGCAGGUUCCUUGGAAGAGCGAGUGACGAAGAAUACGAGAUUCAUACAGCUGACAGACAAGCUGGUUGAAGGUAGAAUACGUCGGAUUAAGGCCUACUUAAAUUGUGUGCAAGUAGUUGUGCGACAAAAACUGAAGAAGUCCUCGUUUUCAAACCGGGCGCUGAUGGAGCUUGUACGCACGGCAAAUUCCUUAGAAGAGCGAGUGACGGAGAAUACGAGAUUCAUACAGAAAGUUAAGGAAUUAAACGAGGUAGUUGAGAAUCUAAAAGUAGACAUCAGAGAACUGUGGAUGCAACGUAUUGAAAACUACACAGGCGAGUCAGCAGAUGCCACCUAUCGAGAGGAUUAAAUGGCACUCGUCGACGAAGAGAUUGCACAUUAAAGGCACCGAAUGUGUAAGGUCUGUUGUGACCCUCGGUAAUUUCAGCGUGUCGAGCAACAUUACGGCGCAGACUAAUACGUCAACAUUGCGUUUUAUCGCGGAGGAUUUCGCGCUCUUCAUAUCGGACAAGCUGCGCUUAACUUAAAUGAUUAUGAAGGGUGAUUAAAAAUUAUCGAAU